UUUACCAUCAGUACAUCAGUAAGCUUCAAAGAAUUAAUUGAAACCACAACCUCUAGUAACGAAACAAAUAAUGAUUGUUCAGAUCAUUAGUAUCACAGUGCUUAUUCAAGCACUCGCAGCUGCACCUUUUGACCAGCGAAUCAUCAACGGAACAGAUACGACGAUCGAAAAUUUUCCCUUCGCAUUCUCGUUAAGGACUUCAUCCGGUAGUCACAGCUGUGGUGGAAGUAUUAUUAGUAAACUUUGGAUGCUCUGUGCAGCCCAUUGUGUCAACGAGUACACUAGCCCUAUCCUGCAGUCAGUCCAAGUUGGUCGAACGGAUAUAUCUAAACCAGUCGAUAGUUCUGUGUAUGAAAUUGAUCAGGUCAUUAUUCACCCCAACUAUGAUCCGUAUAAUAGUUACGUGAAUGAUAUUGCCUUGAUUAAGUUAAGACGUCCGUUGGAGUAUAGUGAAUCCAUUCAACCAGUGCAGCUGCCAAUGCCAUGCUUUGAGGUUCCGGAAUCGAAUCUGGAAGUUACACUGAUUGGAUGGGGUGUGACUGAUGCAGGGAUUGUAGCCACCACUUUGCAAAAAGUUAACUACUACGCUGUACCAAAUGAGGAAUGCGACCUGAUUCACAGCAACAUAAUCCAUCCAAGUCAAAUCUGUGCUGCCUAUCCGGGCGGUGGAAAAGGACAAUGCAGCGGUGAUUCCGGUGGUCCAUUGGUGCACAACGGAGUUCAAGUCGGAAUUGUGUCAUGGAGUAUCAAACCUUGUACGGUUGCACCGUAUCCUGGAGUAUUGACCAAGGUUUCGCACUACAUUGAAUUCAUUUACCAGCAUACGGACUUGGACCCUACCACGAACAAAAAUGCAAAGUGUUCUUAA